UUGAACCCUCGGGAAAAUCAUAUUCUUUUAUAUGAAAAAAUUUAAUAAAUAAAAUUUUAUUUGAAAAUUAAACUCAAAUAAUAAUAAAAAGAAGCGAAAAAAAAGAACAAAAAAAAAGUGAAUAAAUAAACACAAAAAAAAAAGAAGGAAAAAUAAGAAAAAUCGGGCGUAGUUACAGUAGCAUUUUCGAAGAAAAAUAAAAAAAAAACAGAAUAAAUAAUUUCAGUAUCACAAAAAAAAAAAUAAAACAAAAUUUGGUUAAUAAAAUAAAGCGUAAAAUUCUUACAAAUUACAAAAAGAAACAAAAAAACGAAAAAAUAAAGAAUUUAAAUUUUAAUUUAAAAUAAUAGAAUAAAAAUUGAAAAUUUAAAGAUAAUACGAAAAUUAAUCAAAAAAAUAAUAAGAUAAGAAAAAACAAAAUAAACAUUCAACAAACAAAAUAAUAUUAUAAACACCUCUACAAUCUAAAAUAGCUAGUUGUCCUGGACAAAAUCAAAAAAAAAAAAAGAAAUACAAAAACAAAAAUAAAACAUUGUAUACAAUAAAAAGCAAAACCAAAUAAUAAAAUUUUAUAUUCGAAUUUAGAUCAUAAAUAACAUCUCACAAUUGGGCUAUAAAGAACAGAAAAAUAAAAUACUGAAAAAAAAACAUCAAAAUCAUCAAAAUAAAAAAAAAGAUAAGAAAAAAACAUUACAUUAUAAAUGUACAAAAUUUUUUAGUGGAAAAAUUGAAAUACAUGCAUCUAUCUACUUACCUUUAAAGACAAAAAAAAAAAAUGAAAAAUAAAAUUAGAAUAAUUUAGGAAAUUUGUUUAAUAUAAAAAUGUAAAUUAUAAAAGUCAUAUGAAUACGUGUUAAAAUUAAAGAAUAUAUUAGAUAAAAAAAAAAUUUUUCCUUCUUAUUGAAAAUUAGAAGAAGAAACAUUAUGAUAAAAAUAAAAAUUUAAUAAAAUUUUAUUAAAAAAUAAAAAAUUCUAAAUAAUAGAAAAUAAAAAAUGUUAAUAGAAAAUAGCAAAAUAACAAAAUGGUGAAAUAAAAACAAAAUUUAAAUUAUAUUACUACGGUAACACUUCACUCAAGGAAGUCAAAUUAUAUGAGAAACGUACAAAAAGAAAAGGAGAGAAAGUGAUUGAGAGAAAUAAUUUAAUGCAAUUGUAAAAAAAGGUAGAAUAGCGGGAAGUGUUUUUCAAAAUGUCACAGAAAAAUAUUAUUUAUUUUUUAUACUCAUGCACUAUAUGUGUUAAUUUUAUUGAUCGAUCCGAAUCUGGAGUUUUUCCGGAGAAUUACACAACAAGUCCGUCAUCAUCUUCAUCAGUAUCGUUAUCGUCGUCGUCAUCAUUAUCUUCAUCAUUACCAACAUCAUUGCCAUCAGUUCCAUCGUUAUCAUCAAUAUCAUCGGCAUCAUCAACGUAUACAAUAUUUAAUAAUCAACAACAACAACAGCAGCAGCAACAAUCAUUAAUCGAUUUGGAUAGCACAUUAUUAAAAAAUUUACUUAACAUAUCAAAUAAUCCACCAGAAUUGAUUGAAUAUUAUGAAUUAGAUGAUGAUAUACCAACAUCAACAUUUCAAUCAGUAUAUGAUGUGGGUAAAAUAACAGCAUCAUCACAAUCAAUUACAAUAACAACGUUAAUACCAUCAGUAAAUACAAUAACCACAAAAAUAGAGGAAGUACCAACAUCAAUAGUAUCUUCAUCAAUACCAUCAUCAUUAUCAACAUCAUCGGUAUCAUCAAUAUCAUUAUCAUCACAAAUAGAAAAGACAUCAUCAUUAUUAGAAAAUAUAACACAAAAAACAACAAUAAUAUUAACAACACAACCACCAACACCACCACCUGAUAUAUAUCCGGAUCCAGAAGAAGUCAAUCGAAAAAUUAAAGUAUUAAAUAUAAAUCAUAUUCCACAUAGAUCAACAUCAUCAAGUUUUGAAAAUAUAUCACCAUCAGGAGGUGAAAAUAUUAUUGAUGAAAUACCAAUAUCAUCGUCAUCAUCAUCAUCGUUAUCAUCAAACAGCAACAAUAAUAAUAAUAAUUAUAAUAAUAAUAAUAUAGUGGAUUAUAGUAUUCGUGAUAAUGAUUUUAAAGGACAUGAUCUUAUCGAUAAUAUUAUGUAUAUAUAUUAUGGAUCACAAAAAUCAAUUCGUAAUGGUAUUGGUAGUUCAAUUGUUAUUGGUGGAUCAGUAUUGGCAUUAGCUGCACAAAUCUUAUGUUUAAUAUUAAUGAUAUUACGUAAUAGACGUUUGAGACGUCAGAAUGCAUUAUUUUCAAUAUUUUUCAAUUUUGUAUUUACGCUAUUAAUUGCAAAUUUAAUAUUUGUAUUAGGUGUACAAGCAACACGUAGUGAAUUUCGUUGUGGUGUUAUUGCAAUUUUAUUACAUUAUUUUCAUUUAAGUACAACAAUAUGGGGUCUAAUAUAUAUAUAUAUUAUAUAUGAUUAUAUAGUUAAUGAUUGUGGUAUUAAUUUAAAAUAUAAUUAUUUUAUGGCAUAUGGUGCACCAGCUAUAUACGUAUUGUUUUCUUGUGCAAUAUCAAGUUCAAGUUAUGAGACUGUUGAAUUCUGUUGGAUGUCAGUACAUCGUGGAAUGAUUGUCAACUUUAUGAUACCAAUAUCAGGUAUUAUAUUAACAUCAACUGUACUUGGAACCCUAUGUUUAAGAGAAAUCGCAACAAAACAACGUGAAGUAAUAGCUGAAAGUAUUGAAAAUAUUCUUGAGAAUGCUGCAAAAUGUCAUGAAAUAAAUAAUGCUGCAACUGUUAUUGAAACAGAUAAAUGUUGUGAAAUAGAAGAAAGGGCAACUGAACCUUGCAAAAAAAAUGACUUCUAUGAUUCAAAAUUUGAUUUAGGUGUUUUAUCAAUUGUUGAUUUAUCAUUACAAAGUUCAGCUGACACCCAAGAUUUUACAGAUUUUAAAAGAUCAAUUAAAUUCUGGUUAUUUUUUCAACCAGCAUUCGCAUUAUGCUGGUUUUUUGGUACAAUUGCAAUGGAAAAUCGUCAAACGUAUAUUAUGCCAAUUAUUUUUAUAAUAUCAUGUAAUAUUAUGAAUUGGUAUCUUUUGAUAAGAUCACCAUAUAUUUGUCCAAUUAUUCAAGAUCAAAAUCAAAAAGAAAAAUUUCCUGUUAAUGAUACAAAUGAGGAAUCACAACAACAUGUUCAAGGAACUGAUACGAUACCAUUAUUAUGUACACCAAAUUCAAAAUUGCAAAAUCCCAAAAUAUCGAAUAUUAUCGAGGAUAGCAUGAACGAACAAAUAAAUAAUUUAACAGUGAAUUGGGGUGAUUCAUUAGGUGAUAUAUCAAUUAAUUUAGAUUCAAUUAGUACGAUAAGCAGUUAAAAUGGGAAAUAAAAAAUACUCAUUAUUAAAAAUUUUAGAUUUAACUAGAAAUGAUUAUAAAAUAAAAUAUUGCAUUUAUAUACAUAAUACAUAAUGAUAAUACAUAAUAACAUGCGUAGAUAAAAUAUUAAUACACAAUUUACAUAUUUACAUACAUUAUAUAUAUAAUUACAUUUAAAAAUUACCUUUAUGAUAUUUUAAAAAUAUAAAAAUUAACAAUUUGUUGUAAUCAAAUAAGUAAGUUCUAAAGUAAUUACAAAUUUUUUUAAAAUUAAUAUAAAAUUUAUUACAUUUUAUAUAUGAAUGUAACCUUUGAAAUUAUAAUUAUUUAUUAGAUAUCGUCAAAAGUGCAACUGCAUUAAAUUUAAAAAAUGUUAUUUCCAUUAUACACAGUUUCUUUUCUAAAAAGUGCGCGAUAAAGAAAUAUUUUCUAGCAAAGCAGGUAUGACUGUUUAAACUUUAACAGUUUAAAAAAUUCAUUCUAGACCUUCAAUCAUUUAAAGACCUUUAUCUACCAGACAUUAAAGUCUUUAAACUUUAAGCUAUUAAUAAUUUAUUAAAAAAGUCUAUAUCUAAAAAAUUUUUAUACAACACAUUUGAUGAUAUAAAGUACAUUGUUAUAAUAUUUAAAUUUAAAAAAUAUUUUAAAAUUAAAAAUAUUUUAUAUUGUGCUAGUACCUUGUUUUUAUCGAAACUUCUUUUUUACCUUAUUUUUAUAAAUAUGUAUAUUUUAAAAUAAACCAAAAAAUUUUAAUAUAAGAGUUGAAUUGG